AUGCAUUCAUAUUACAGUUUGGGCAAAUACAUUAUUACCUUCAGCGAAGAGACAAAACAUUUUUAUUGGGAAGAGUUUCAGAAAAAAUGCCAGUGGGAUGUUGUUGUUAGUGAGUCAGUCGUCAAGGUUGCUUGGGAACAAAAGGCAAAAGAAAGAUAUCAACAGUACAUCUAUGACAUAAGCACAAGAAACCCAACUCGUGAAAAGCCAUGCCACAUAGAAAUACAAGUAUGGAAUGCUUGGAAUGCAAUAUGGAAUUUAGAGGACUUCAAGAAAAAAUCAGAGCAAAAAAAAAGGCGUAAAGGUGUAGUUGGUGGAAAAGCCCCACCUACCUAUAAUGGUGGAUCGGCUUCACAUCAACAAAUUGUUGCUGAUAUGGAGGAAUAUACGGGAAAAGAUCCAUCAUGCUAUGAACUAUUCAUGUUUACUCAUACUAAGGAUCAUGACGGAAAGACAUUUCAAGUUGACAAAACUAAAGAAGUUCAUCUAAGUUUAUUUGAUUUGUUUGUGUCUCGAUGUGCGGAUUUGGCAUUGCUAGGAGAGGAAGUUCCUGAAAGCGAACUGUUUUAUGCAGCUGUUGGAGGACAUGACCGUAAGAAAAUAGUUUAUAGGCUUGGAUCAUAUGGCAGGUCCAUUUUUCGUGAAAACUCCUCUCAAAUAUGCACUUCACCAGAUACAACUUUUGAGAAAGAUCAUCUCGAGAGGAAGAUCCAGAAAUUAGAGGAAACCAUAGACCAACAAAGGAUGGAGUUGGAUGACGUGAGAAACAUGGUUAAUGAUAUGAGAAGCACAAAUAAUCAGUGA